UCCUCAUUCUACUUAAUAAUAAAAAUUUCUCAGAUAAUGAGAGAAUAGAAGGAAAGAAGAGAAAAAAGAAAGAGGGUUUGCAAAGCAAUCUCUCCUUCUUUGGAUCUCUCAAAAUCAUAUUAUAAUUUAAUUUAUCUAAUUAGUACAAUCUUUAUAUUAUAUAUUUACACUUUAGAAACUACCCUUUUCUUCUUAAUUCAGCAUUCCAAUUCAUUUGUAUUUAUUUCUCUAUGUAUUUCAUUCCUCAUAAAUAUCUUUCUUGAGGAUUUUCUCUUCAUUUUCCUUUUAGAUAAUAUUGAUCAUGAGUAGACUCCGCAUAAACUCAUCUCCUGAUUUAAUGUCUAAUUCAACGUUUGAACAAUGUUAUGAUGAUUCAGCUUUAGAAGGGGUUGCAGCCAACAUUAAGUUAUUGCUAAAGUUGAUUCAAGAACACAAAAAUGCUUGUAACAAAGAGAAGAACGAUGGCCGGAGAAUGUUGAGGGUGGCGACCAUGAUGACCAUUCUGGAUAGUGUUAGGACGAGAAUUCAGAAAUGUCAAUCUUUUGGUAACAAAUCACCAUCAGAAGCUGAAUCUACUAGUCAUGUUCCCAUAGACAAGAAGCACCACGAGGUGAUGAUUGAUGAAAAAGAAAAGCUGAGGAAACAGCUAAAUGCAAGCUUGGUAGCACGAAAGAGCCUUGAGGUCAUGUGUUCAAGCUUAGGAAAAGAAAAAGAGAUUAUGGCAGCAGAGCUCUCAAAGAAAGUCCACGAGUUGAAUGAAAUGGAGGACCUCAUCAAUGAUCUCAAAGAACAAAAUGAGAAUUUAGUGGAAAGGUUACAUGAACGUGCCACCAAGCAAAAAGAAAGGAGGCAUAGCAGUGAUGGAGGAGAAUUGCAAGGAAACAUUGCCCUCCAAGAGAGAAAUAAGGCACUUUCAGAGAACCUCCUAAAGUCAUUGAAUGGGUAUAAGUCCAUUAAGAGGAAAUGGAAGGAUGCACAAGCAGAAAACAUGGCAAUGCAUGCAACCAUGGAGGAAAUGACAGCAAAAAUUGGUGCUGGACUUGCCAGAAUCCACAGCUUUAAAGAACGAAUGGCCUCUGAAAAUGUGCCCUCGACAAAUAUCCAAGAGGAGAUCGUUGAAUUAGAGCAUAUGUUUGAAUGCUUUAAAAUGCAGGUGGCAGAACAUGGUCCAAAAGAAGGGGAAUGUGUCAAACCAAAGGUAGAUAUUAGUGCUUGCAAGCCAACAGUUUUUGCAUGAGUAACUUAGAAACAAGUGUUAAAACACAAGGAAGAAAAGAUGGUUCUCAAGGUUUUUCUUUGGCAUGGUCCAGGAUCAAGGUGUUCCACUGAAAAUGGAGAAACAUUAGCCCAUUCUUCUCUGUUAUGGAGUCAAUGUAAUAAAGGAGUCAAGUAUAUGCUAUGUAACAGGAAAUAACUAGUAAUGUUGUUUUUUUAUUCAUCUGCAAGUUACAGGUAUCCAUUUUGUCUUCAGUU